CGCAAAACCACGCGAGAAGUGAGGACCGCCAUAUUACAUUUUUGUUUUGGAUGGAAACCGAGCACUUUGCAGAAUGUCGGGCUUCAACAUAACAGGUAGAAAGGAAGAUGUCUCUAUGAAGUUGAAAGCUCAGAAUCUGAAGAAUGUCCAGAAACAGACCAAACAGUUGGAGGUGGAGAGCAGAAAGAUGGAGGAGAGGCUCCGGGAACUAAAGUUGGCCAUGAAUAGAGAGAAAGAGGAGAGAGAAGCCCAAGGAGGUGGAUUCUGGGACAAGGGUCAACAUGGGGCAGUCACAACCUACGACAAAAUAGUCCUUAAAAGAACUCCUGAGAAACCCAAAGAGGACAAGGCUAAAGACAGGAAAACGAGGAAAGUAAAGGUUUUAAAAGAUGAUGCUCUAGAGUUACCAAAAAGAAGCAAACAGCCUGGGACAAUGGCUUAUAUUGCACAGCGAGAUACAGCGCCACCUAGGAAUAUGGUGAAGGGGACGAAGUGUGGGCAGUGUGAGCAGAAGGCUGCGAAUGUGUCUUGCCUGGAGUGUGGUGAAGACUACUGCGCAGCCUGUUUUGCCUCGUUCCACAUCAAAGGAGCUUUGAGAAAACACAGAUCUAUGCCAGUACAGAAACAUCAACAGAUGUUACUGCAAUAUUACCCUGCUGGUACACAGAUCUAA